UUGAGUCAUUGCCAAGAUGGCUUUUACAAAUUUACAAGUGUUAUCCUUCAUGUGAACUAAAAAUCGAUUAUUGUUCUCUUGUAACAUGAAGAAAUCAUAGGCAAAAUGAUUUUAUAGUUGUAAUUCAGUAUUUGCAGCCUAUCAUCCUAUUCCUAUAGUUUCAGUAGAUUUCCGUCUGUAUAUGCACAAGAACUACAACUGGGUGUUGGAAGGCUAUUACACGAUUGGUGAGAAGUUUGGUGGGCACAAAACCCGUGAGCUUGAUCAGAAAGUCUGGACCAACGAGGGCAAGAUAUAACCUGUUGGACAAAGAAUCUAGAUUUACCGACGCUAGAAGGGUAAGUCAGGAUACCGUAAGAGUUUUGAAAGACGCUGCCAACCAAAACCCUGAAAUCGGCAAGAAAGUUGAUGAGUUACUUAAGAAGGGAAAAUGAGUGACAAAAACACUAUCCUAGAGCGACUGAGCAGGCGAGACGCGCAGCGGUUAGAGAAACUCCAGAAAGCACACAAGGCUAGGGAAGAGGUAGAUGCGACCAACGAAAACGAGGAAUUCUUCUCUGGAGCUUUCAAAAUACGAUCCGAUAUGAUUGAACAACUAUUAUCCCAAAUACCCACCCUAGAAACUCACAUCUUGCCCCAGCACUUUGACAACAUCAAGCGUGAAGUGAACGAACUACAAAAGUUCGUCGUUACAUCCUCAUUUUUCCUAAAAGAGUUUAACAUGCGUAAAUAUUUAGGCAUCGUAGCGAACUUGCAAACGAAAUGCUACGAAUUAGAGGACAGAUACGUUCCGCGCAAAAAAUUCGGCUUCACUAGAAAGAAACUUCCCAAAAGCCAUACCCAAAAACAGAUUUCACUUGACGAAAAUGACGGCGCAGGCAAAACGGAUAGCAACAAAUGGGAUGACAAGCUAUUUGGCUUUGAUUCGCAGGAGGACAAAGUUUUAUCAUUAGAUAACGAUGAGUUGUUUCAACGGGAUGUAGCACUCAGGAAUUUGAAAAAUUGUACAGUCGGUUUGAAAGGUGUUAUGGGAACACUGCAUUUGACUAAUUUGGAUAACUGUAUAGUGCUUACUGGGCCAGUUACGUCAUCCGUUUUUAUAGAGAAGUGCACGGAUUGUAAAAUUGUGACAGCGUGCCAGCAACUAAGAAUGCACAGUUCGACUAAAUGCGAUAUUUAUCUACAUGUGACGAGUAAAGGCAUCGUCGAAGACUGCUCUGACAUCCGCACUGCACCAUAUAACUUGCAUUAUGAUGAUCUUGAAAAGCACUUCAACAUGUCCUCAUUAGAUAGAAAUAGCAAUCACUGGGAUAGCUUGGAUGAUUUCAAUUGGUUAGCACCUGACGUGCCCUCGCCUAAUUGGUCAAUUUUGGAUGUUUCUCAGCGUGUAUGCAGUUGGAAUGAUUGGUGGUCAAAAACACCAUUAUAAUAUUUAGAGUAACUUGUAUAUCAGGACUUAUUAUAAACCUUUGGAUUUGAAAUCUUCCUUCACUUACAAAUAAACAGUGCCUGAAUUUAAUUGUAUGAAAUAAUCAAAUACAUUACCAGUUUAGAGUAGUUAUUAAACAAAAUUAACCUAGUUUGCUUGUAUAACACAUAUUGUCAUGUACAAAAUACCUUUUCUUGUUGGGAAUUUUAGCUGAGGUAGGUUAAGCUAACUUUACUUAUCCCAUAAAACAUUUAUUGGCUCAGUUUCAGUUGACCUAAAUGAUUUGUAACUUGUAUCCUUUUUCACAAUAUUUCCUCAACGGGCACUAACGGUAGAAACAUUUGAAAAAUUGGCGGCGAUCACACUGGAUCGAAACUUGCACAACCCUAAAAAGAGGAAUAUAAUAUUUACACCAAUGCCACACAAUGCGUGUUGAUUCAUUCUAAUCAUAAUGAAGGGUUGAAGCAAUUUAUAUCCCUAUUAUUUUAAAUCUAUACAUUUUUAUUAGUAUUUUAAUUUGUAACAUACAAAAGAACCUCAUGUUGGUACGGUUGCGUACAGACACCGCUCUCCCGUAUAUAUUUUUUUACAUCGCGUGGCAUAGUGUGGCGAGAGUUGUAGCUAAAAUGUUUCUACCAUUUAUGUGUUACAGUUUACGGCCGUAUUCACAAUCGUUACUAUGUGGUCUCACAUUGCGCUCGAACGCAUAGCGUAGUUUCCACCACUCAGAUCAUUGUAAAUUGACGUGAUACAGUCAUUCAUCUGGUUGGUGAAACCCACACUGUGCGUUCGAGCGCACUACGAGACCUCAUAGUAACGUUUGUGAAUACGGGUGUUAGUCUAUAGAUGUUCUAUUGCACGGUGAGCGCUCAGGCUUUGUAGUAGUGUGUACGAUAAGCGUUAAUUCAUAUUUUGUGUGCGUAACGUAAACCGCUACGCAGUCUGGAACUGGAAUACCACGCACACUGUGACUGUACUUGUGCAUUCAUACAAACAUAGCCAACCGGUCUUCGUGGAAUAGAACCUGAAACUUUUUAAGGAGUUUAUUUUAUUUUUCUUAUCGUAUUGCUAUUAUCCUUAGCCCAAAAGGUUUAUAUUGUAAUCGACAUUCAUAAUUUAUUGAUCAGAUGCUAUCAAUAGGUAACCAAUAAUUUAGUAUGUAUAAUCAAAUUAUAUGUAGAUUGUAGGCAUACAAACAACUGCAUAGCUAACACAACAUAGAUGCUUUUAUUAAAUUUAUUAAUAUUAUUUAUGAAUAAAGAGUUUUGUAUUAUA